GGUUGUUUACUUAUCUGACUAGAAUUCUAACAUCAAACGACAUAUCACAUUAAAGUGAACACAGAUACUGAACAGAGACAAGACAAAAGCCAAGUGGUUGCUUCUCUUGUUACAACAAUCAUCUCUCUUGAACAAAACCUCUAGUCCCAGGACAAAAUGUAUUGCAAUUUUAUGGAGCAUGGUAUAGAGUACGCGAAACAGGCAGUCAAGGAGGAUGAUGCUGGAAACUAUAGGAAAGCUUUCCAGCUUUAUAUGAAUGCAUUGGAGUAUUUUCAAGCACAACUGAAGUAUGAGAAGAAUCCACAGGUUGAGAAAACAAUUAGGCAAAAAUGUAUGGGGUAUCUAAGAAGGGCGGAGGAGAUCCGAUCUGUUCUUGAUAAUGGUAGGAGUAUGCCAGCGUCAAAUGGUGAUGCAUCGGUUGCUGCACGGCCCAAGACUAGUCCAAAACCAAAGGAUGGAGGUAGGAAGGGCAAGGAGGAUCCAGAGCUAGCGAAGCUUAAGGGCGGGCUUGAUUCUGUUAUCAUCAGGGAGAAGCCAAAUGUGAAGUGGAGUGAUGUGGCAGGUCUUGAGAAUGCCAAACUGGCAUUGCAGGAAGCUGUUAUAUUGCCUGUUAAGUUCCCACAGUUUUUCACUGGGAAGAGAAAACCAUGGAGGGCAUUUUUGUUAUAUGGUCCACCUGGUACAGGGAAGUCAUACUUGGCAAAGGCUGUUGCAACAGAAGCUGACUCAACUUUCUUCAGUGUUUCUUCCUCAGACCUGGUUUCCAAAUGGAUGGGUGAAAGUGAGAAGCUAGUUUCAAAUCUUUUCCAAAUGGCUCGUGAUAAAGCACCUUCCAUCAUUUUCAUUGACGAAAUAGAUUCACUUUGUGGCCAACGGGGUGAAUGUAACGAGAGUGAAGCAUCUCGUCGCAUCAAAACAGAACUUCUUGUACAGAUGCAGGGUAUAGGGAAUGAUGAUCAGAAGGUUCUUGUUCUUGCAGCCACAAAUACUCCCUAUGCACUGGAUCAGGCUAUCCGGCGGCGUUUUGACAAGAGAAUAUACAUUCCUCUCCCAGAUUUGAAGGCAAGGCAACACAUGUUUAAGGUGCAUCUUGGAGAUACUCCUCAUGAUUUAACUGAAAGAGAUUUUGAAAAGUUGGCUCGAAAAACAGAAGGUUUUUCAGGUUCAGAUAUUUCUGUUUGUGUUAAGGAUGUGCUCUUUGAACCUGUUCGUAAAACCCGGGAUGCGGAAUAUUUCAUUAAAUCCUCUGAUGGCAUGUGGGUUCCUUGUGAACUACAACGAGUAGCUGUCAAGACUACACUACAAGAACUUGAUGCACAAGGACUUGCUUCAAAGGUCCUUCCACCACCCAUCACAAGAGCAGAUUUCAACAAAGUGCUUGCACGGCAGAAGCCAACAGUGAGUAAAGCUGAUCUUGAGGUGCAUGAGAGAUUCACAAAGGAGUUUGGAGAAGAGGGCUGAUGACUUUGAUGGAGUGGAAGCACAGCUCUGAUUAAUCCAUAAAUACAGGUUAUGCAUAGUUUAGUUGAAUUAUUAUCCAUCUCUGGUGGCUCAUGUUUAGAGACAAAUGUUCCUUUUUGCUCUCCUCGAUCAGUUAGGCAAUAUUUUGAAAAGAAAAGAGGCUACAAGGUGAACCAGACUGAAUGACUGAUCAAUGCAUGUAAUGUUCAAUGGUAAAUGUAUAUAUACAAUAUAAGCAUUGCUAUCCUCGUCCCCCGAUUUUGUCUUUUUGUUUUAUUUUGGAAAUCAAUAUAUACAUACACAAUCUUCAAAAACAAAACACCCCAGUUAGUUGGUAAAAAGAUGAGGAUGAAAUUUGCCUAUGAAAUACUGCUAAAGGAGAUAAAAACAUGACUUUUGAUCAUGGGUUUUGCAUAUCCCAGUAAAACUAUGGAAAGGUGCUAGUGUGACAACUACUCGAUGCAUAUCUUAUUACUUUAUAUAAUGGGACAGCAGAAAUUCUUCGGCUUUGAACCAUAAAAUUUUUUUGGAAACAUAUGCAGCAAAAACCAUUGUUAGAUAAGAAUAUUGAUCGAUCUUUAAUAACAAAUUUACCUUGGCAAGAUGAGGAAAUGACUGCAGUUUUCCUAUGAACCAAGAAUUCAGUGCACAAAUUUCACGUGGCUGGCAAUUAUAAUGAUCCACCACCAGAAGGGCUGACGCCUCCUACCUCUCUCUCAGGCUGUUGGUCUUGGUUGACCCCUGCUGUAUCCUGGUGGGUUGCUUUUGGCAACAUCAACAACAAUCAUCCAACCAUUGAUGAUCUGCAAUUAGGGUUGACAGAAUGAAGGUCAGCCUGACUGCUUGGACGGUUAAAAUACAAAUGAAGAGAAACAAGGACUUGUAUGACACCUACCUUGCCAUUCAUCUCCUUGAGGGCUGCACUUGCAGCCUCCUCUGUCGUGUACUCUACAAAUGCAUAUCCCUUGGACCUCUUAGAAAUCUUGUCCAUUAUUAUUUUAACUGUAAGGAAUAUAAUGCCAUUAUUUCAACUGUCAGGACACAACAGCAACAUAGAUGUCAACAAAUUACAGAAGGCAUGACAUACCUUCGACAAGCUCACCAAAGCCCUCAAAUGCUGCGCGCAAGGUUUUCUCAGAAGUAUAAAAUGACAGACCUGCUCGGAACACAGAUUGCCAAGCACGUGAAUCAAUCACAAAGCUAACUAAUCAGACAAAUGUGUAUCAUGCAAAAUUCAUAGGAGGCCAAUAUUGAGAUUUUGCUUGCAAAAGAAACUUGUGCUAACUUGCAGUCAAGUAUUUUAGAAGCAAAAGAAAAGAGCUGGAGAUCAUAAGGUCAUUAGAAUUUGAUUUGAAGAUGCAACAUACCAGUAAUAAAAAGUUUCUUUGUUUUUA